AUGAUUGAAAUUACGCUAACAUUCAAUAGGAGCAAUGGCUCAAGUUUGUACCAGCAUCUUCCAGAUGACGACAAGGUCUAUCUCCCAGAUAGCAAUGUCUACGUCACAACGACAAGCUCUGGCAGGCCUGCCAUUGCAAGAAAGAAGAACAGCGAUCGCGAUUUCGAUUUCCUGAGCGAGGCUUUUGGUAUUCCCACCCGGGCCAGCUUUCAGCGUGGUCGCCGUCAAAGCAGCCCCCUUCAGCAGCCAAGGUCAAAGUCAGCUUACAGCACACCCACACCACGGGUCAUUGAACUUCCUUCCGACUACGAAGAGUCACCCGAGAGGAAUAAAGUAGAGAGGUCUCCAGGCCAAGGCUCUUCAAGAUCAUCCUCUCGAUCAAACUCGACGCUCAAGAGUAUCUUACGUACGCCCAACUCUGCUGCCGUUGGGGCCGAGUCAGGAAAACUCAGAGACUGUUCUCCAAGCUCGAGUCGACUGUCUUUGGGGUCGAAGCGACGCAGCCAUACGUUUUCCUAUCCACCAGAGCCCGAGAGGACACGAUUCGCAGAGUAUGAGGACGAGCCUGACGAGAAUGACUCCAUUGCAGAUUCAACUGUUCCCUUGGUCCAUCCCAAUGGCUCGAGCUAUUCGCCACAGGCUGCUUCACAGUUCCACCCGAGUUUCACAACACUGCCGAAUGGCUUUCAGCAACUGCCCAACCAGACUUCUCCAAUGAUAUGGCACAAUACUGGAACUGGUCGUGCGCCCGUGGCCGCUGCUACUGCCGCUACCAGCAAUCUAGCCAGGAACCUCAAUCCUCGACAAACACAAAACUUUGGCAUACAGAUGCCAUAUACGCACGCCAUGGGUUUUCAACAGCCAGGCAACAUGCUUCAGAUGCCUCACGCACCGCAGGUACUCAUGUCAACCUUUGCUCAGCCCCAGCCAAGCUUUGUUCCUCCGCCGCCUCCGCCGCCGCCUUUCGUCUCUCAUCCUGAUGAUCUUGUAUCUUUGGCUCAGCCUUCUUCCCUAGUGGGCUCGGAUGAAGAGCGAUUUCGACAGCACUUUGAAACAAAUGUCAAAUCCCAGCUCCCAAAGUACAAAGUGACUCCGAGUAGAAACCGGACUCCAAAGAACAGAAAUGAUGAGAACAAGGAUAAAGAUGUCGAGAGCGCGAAAAAGAAGAAAGAGGUGGUCAAGGAUCCAAUGGAUCAGACGCCUCCUUCUACGCCCAUCAUGCAUAUGCACAUAUGCGCAGGCUGUGGAAAGACGAGAUCCAAGGGUUAUCACAUGACUCACCCGCUGAAGAAGGGCGAGGCACCAGAGCCGGACUACUGCCGUCGUUGCAUCAUGACGGCCGAUUACACCGAUUCUGAGAUGACAGACACUGGCAUGGGUAGUGAUUUUCUUAUGACACCCGCGUUACCUGCUGACAGAAAAUACCGAGAUCAUGAUUCCCCAACAAGCACCAUCAUUUCCAACAAGAAGGGUUCCUCGAGAAAAGAUGUCCAGAAGGACCGCAGGAAGCGAGGUAGCCUCCUACAGAGUGUAUCAUCAAUCAUUUCCAAUAAACGCCAAAGCAGAAGAGCAAAUUCCCUUUCGACGCCGGAGGAGGGAAGUGACCGAGCGUCAUCUCCAACUGGAGAGCCUAGAGUGCGUCGUGCAUCCUCGCGAUCAUUCAAGAUGCAUUCAACAAGAGGCUCUCAUACCCAGUCACCUCUUGGCAAGCUUAUUGAGCAACAGUCCAAGACAUCUAUUGAGUCUGUUGCUCUUGAACCACGCGGCACACAAAAGUGUGGCUCUCGUCAGAGCACACGAGAUGAACCAGCCAAGACAAACGACAGAGUCGUGUCGGAUAUCCGUUCAGAGGCAGCCAACCAGUCAAAGGUCUCAUGCCGCUCUGGCGCGACCCGAUCGGAUGUGCAGAACUUUUCCUACAAGCCAUCCCGCAAGUCCUCUCGCAAGACAAGUCCACUCUUGCCACCUUCUAGUUCUCGAGACACUCUCCCGAAAUCGCAAUCAAGUUCUUCAUACCAGCAACCAGUAGCCCACAAUGAAGCUUCCGAGCUUGGAAGAAGCAGUGAGAGAGUUUCUGUCCGACAGAAAGGAACAGACAGCAGUCAAGCCACUUCUCGUAGACAAGAGCGUAGACCAGCUUCGCGCCUUGAUCAUACGGUAUCCAAUAUCACAGGCUCUGGAUGGACACAGAGCCAUGACCAGCUUGGCGGUUUCCAUGUCAUUGAGGAUGAUGGACUAUCGCAAUCCCGAGCUAUCUUUGAUCAAGCCCCCAACUUUGAAACGCCAGAAAGCACGCAGAAUCUUCAUAAUUGGCCUGGCUCUCAUGCUGCCGAUAGUCGCGCCAGUAGUGAAAAUUGCGCGUCACGAAGCAAAGGUUCUCCCAAGCGGUCCGACGAUGGACCCAAUGCAUCCACAUCUAAUAGCAAUGAACCGGCACAGGAUUUCAAUGCUGUCUUUGGUCAUGCAUCGAAUGGAGAGAACCCCUUUGUCUUGGCAGAUUUGAAACCAGACAGCGGUAGAAGCAGUAUGCAGCCACACCAAUCUGAGCCAAGAUCGAUCGGAUUGCCCGUGCAUAGCGACAUGGCAGACCCCAGCUACUCCAAGCCAAAGUCCGAUGAUGCUUACAAUAUGGAACUGCCCAAGUCAAGUGGAACGCCAUACAGUAGUCACCCAUCUACCACUUCUACCCGGAAAUCCCGAAACAAGAGCAAGCCGGAGGAUGAACGAGGUGCUGAUUCGGAACCUGAACUGUCACCCAACCAGGAUCGAUUUGACGACAUGCCUUCAACGCCUGCUGAUGCCGAAUGGGAUGGAAUUGAUGCCAACCCACAAGUCAGGCGCAAUUCUUGGGGAUACGACCAAGGUCACUUUGAGCGACAGGCCGAACAAAUGGCAGAGCAGAUGGUUGAAGAUGAGCUCUUGCGCGCCGGUAAGCACUCUGGUCUUUUCGGUUUGGGUCUAGGUUUUGGUUCUUUCAAUGACUCUGCAACAUCAACAUACCCUACCAUGCCCAGUUAUUUCAGCCAUCUGACUACAAGUCGCAUCUCCAUAGAAUCGUGUGGUUCGGACGAGGACCGCAAUGACGGAAACGCGCAUUACCAGCUCUCGAAUGAGUCGGAACUUGAAGGAUCAGACACGGUUGAAGAGAAAGAUGUCAAACAGAUUGAGUUUUCAGGCCAUCAAAGUCGAUCAAACUCUCGCCAAGAGCCGCACCAGGGCGGACUAGAAAGCUCUCGAGAUCGUCUCAGUCCAUUGAAUCACACGAGUUCAUAUACCCACAGCAACAAGAGCAAUACUUCAGCUAGAAGGCGGCUCAGCGAGCAAGGCGGCCGUGGCCAGGAGCCCUUGUCGAAUAAAUCAUCAUUCGACUACGCCCCUCCGUCCGAGGGGUCUUCAGUCAUUGCUCAUACAGGGCAUUCUCACGAAAACUUUGCAGGAUUAGGUAACACAUACGGAAGCACCUCGAACGAAUCACACGCAGGGACUCCUCGUCGUCGUAUUCGCCGUUUCGGAUUGUCGUGA